ACCUGCGACUGUAGAAAGAGAAUACGCAACGGCAUCACAUCGACCAAUCUAGUCGCUGCAGCUAUCGCCACGUACGCACGUCCACAUAUGGCAAAUAUGGCUGCCGCAGACAACAUCUUUAAGAUUUUGUUCUUCAUGCAGUCGCUUGCUUUCAUCACUUUCCUCAUUAAUUCGUACCAGAAUCCCAGUGUUCCUCCUAAACGUCAGCGAAUUUCUGAUACUUGCGAGUGCCAAGGAAGCGGUGCCGGUGAAGUAGCGUCAAACACCAUUGGCAGAAGCGUGAACCAAACGCACGGUUCCCUGUCCAACUGCAGUCUAGCGGACGUCAAGAUGAGGCCUGGUGUCGUCAUGUUGACCACGACAAACCUUGGCUUCAUGGACAUGACUCUCAACAUGCUGGAGAGCAUCAAAAGAACAGGAGUUUGCGUGAACACCACUAUCGUAGCCGAGGACAAGAAAUGUUACCAGUAUCUUAGCAAGAGAGCUGAGGGUGACCCAGCAGUGCGCGUGGUGUUAACAAACUUGGGAGAAACCACUAGCAAGGAAAUACUUCGAACUCAACGUCGCCAGUACUACGCGCUCUUCAACAAACGCCAAGAAUACUUUCUAGGCUUACUGGAGCGAGGCUACGAGGUUUUAUUCACUGAUGCCGACACAUUUUGGUUCCGGGAUCCAUUUCCGUACUUCAAAGGAGACUUCGACAUGUCUAUGAUUGACCCAAGAUCGCCUUAUCCAACUCGAUCCGAAAGAGCACAUUAUUGUGCUGGUUUUGCGUAUUUCAAACCGACCAAAGUGACGAUCCAGUUCGUCAAGGCUUGGAUUCAAGAAAUGCGAAAUAAUGACAAAGCCAAAAAGCUUGUGGCAGAUCAGAGUGUGAUGAACUACCUUCUUCAUGAGGACAAGCCCGUGCACGUCAACGUCCAGCCACUGGACACCAACAUUUUCCCGUGGGGACCCAAGUUCUACGAGCUCUUGGCGAAGAAGGCUAACUACCCCACUGUUGUGAUGCACGCUGCCAGUAUCCGGGGAAGAGCCGCAAAGGUGGCGAAGUUUAAAAGCUCAAAUAUGUGGCUGGUGAAUAUCACGAUAAGCGAUAUCAAAUGAUACAAGGUCUACAGUGACUAUCUGUAUUUGUAGUGUCGAUAGAGAGUUUCGCCAGAAGUCGCGUGUGCGCCCGUCCUCGUAAAGUGACACAUACGUUCACGUACGAGGUCUAUGCUGAUACGAAAACACGUGAAGGUGCCGGGGGCUGGCGUCAAGCUUAGAUGCCGCAAAAUUAAAUGAAAUUUUACUAAACAUAUUUAAAUGGGUCAGCCGGAAAAGGCCAGUGUUGCUCAAGCUGAACGAGAAAUAAAGGACUUGAGAGCUGAAAACGUGAAACUUAAAAAGGAAUUGGAAGAAACAAGGAGUCUUUACAAGCAGCUUGUGGAUGAGGGACCAGUGGAGUGUUUUGAUGAGAGAAGAGUCCAUCUUUUGAAAUCGCAGGUCAUUCAGCUAGAACGUCAAGUUUUGCUAUAUUCCAACGCCCUGAGUUCUCGGACUGAAGUCUUACUCCAUGUCGAGAAUUGCCUGCAAACAAUUGCAGACCAGCUCAGGGAGUUGGUGGCAAGUGAGGUUAAAGGCCCCAGUGUACCCGUUCAAAGGUCCCAGCUGACUGGUCUGAUUGAGACAGCAGAGGGCGCCAGACUCAGACUCUUCAAAAAUGUUGAGGCAAAUAAUCCCGACCGACUGGCCCGUCCCAUCCUGUACAUGGGGUCCUUCCUCAAACCGGCAGCUGAAGAGGAUGGCGUGACGCUUCUCGACAUUUGCAGUGGCAAGCUGGAACACCUCAGUCUGAAGCAAAUUGCCAAGUUGGAAUCCAAGCUCUUCAGCCUACACAGGCAUUUACAGGCCCUCCACCAAUCACUGAAAGUCACGUGGUCACGUGACCAUCGGCUGGGGCUCAAAACCGCUAAUCACCACCUCUCGUUGGCCGUCAAUCAGAGGAUGUCCGGCCUCCUGGCCCAGUGCGAAAAGUCAGUUGCCGAGAGUUGCAGUGACCUGCUAUCGGUAUCCAUUCUUGUCCCAUCAGCUCCCUGGCCUCUCGUUAUCAAGCCAGUGAGCGCUGAGCUAAGCCUGGACUCAGUCAUGUCGGCGUUGCCGAGCUUCCCCAAGAGCAAACAGCAACAGGGCCGAGCGUGUGUGGACGCCUUACUGAAGGCCUGUAACUACUCACGAAAUGUAGCCAAACUUGAGGCCAAGGCAUGCGUAAGUGAGCUGCACUUUCAUCAGAAAGUUUACGAUGUGCAGAGCAAGUACAUGGAGUCCUUGUUCACAGCUGUCAGAGAGGCCUACACAGAGUUUGAGCAGAACACCCACACACUUCUGUGCCAACCUCUGAAAAGGAUUCUUGAGGCCUAUUCAACCCUGACAUCCACCACGUCGGAAGAGGCAUUAAAAGACUUCCUGACAACGUUCAAAGCUGAGGCUAGUGAGCUUGAAACAGUGGUGGAGAUGCUGACCGUCGACAGAGAGUCGCCUUCAUCCGGCCAGGAAGCACUUUCAACUUUUGGCAGGGACUUCUUCAAGUCAGUGGAUGCCCUGGUGCAGCAGUGUGCGGAUGAGCGAGACCGACUAGCUGAGGAAAUCGAAGCCGUGAAGCAAAUGAAGGAGGACCACCAGAAGCAGGGGCUAAAGGUGUUUGAGAGACCCAAGCCAGCGCCCAAAAGUGCCAAGGAUGAGUAUGAAGAUGUUAUCAAGGACACGUAUGAGACAGAGCCUCGGGCAGACAAGGGGACGGCACCUGACCCUGGCAGAACUGAAGCCAAUUCUACUUUGGAUAGUGGUGGAAAGUUGGCUACGAAGUCAAGUGCAAAAGUGUCGAAAUCAACACUGGAGAGCACCACGGGCAGUAAGAUUGGCAAGGAGCAAGUCGAUGGAAAAUCGAGGAAAGGGCCCCGCGUCCUCGGAAAAGUUGGAGGCACCAAGGAUCUGGACGGCAUCCUGAGAGAAGCUGGUCGCCCCAGGCCCCCAUCUGCACUCCGCGGUACUCUAUCGCCAGCCAGGAGAGGCACAGAGGGGGACAGUGCUCCACGUUCCUCUCAAGGUGCCUCGCGCAUUCCUCGUUCAGGUAGCACACCCCGCCUCAAACCCCCAUCCCCAAAGCAAAGUCCUCUGUCCAACAGGGCACAAGAAGGCAGCAAAGAAGUAGAUACUACACCAAAGAGUGGUUUACCACAUUCCCCAGCAGGGCUUGGAGGUGUCCGGAGAAGUGCCAGCGAAGGGAGUAGGUUGAGUUUCAAGGCAACUGGUGCUAAACCCGGGUCCCAGGGCAGUACUUGAAGUAUAAAAAUCAUUAUCUUGUGCAAUAUCUGCAGUGUUUCAUCAAGCAAAUGAUUAGUGUCAUAAAUUUUAAUGGAAAUCCAUAUCUCCUCCCUUCAAUUUAGGGUCCAUGAGAAGUGCACAGAGACUAAACGUUGAAGCUCAGUGGACCCUUUGCACAGUUGGACCAAGAAAGAGACCGCUUUUGCAUUUGAAUUGGCCCUUGCAAGUGUAGCCUCACUUUGGAUCCAAAGUGGUAGGUCCACAUACGGGAACUCAGUGUUGGGAAAUCCGAAACUGCAAGACUGUCAAGAUUUUAGCAUGAAUUGAGAGGCACUCAAAAGAUUUCUUUCUGCAAUUUGGUACACAUUGAACAAAAUAAAGCUCUCUUUUUCUGCCUAAACAUUACUUUGAGUUCACUCUCCAUAUACAUAUGCUGUGCAUGAAUUAUCUGUCAGUUGAAGCCGUUUUGUUGUACAUAAUGUAUCAAGUGAAAUCCUAAGUGAUGUCCUGUCUUAUCACAGCAGAUUUCAAACAAUUGGUUUUCCUCAGAGCAGUGCCUAACCGGAUUGAAUAUUUAAAGGAGUGUUCUUUAAACUUGUCAUCUUUCACCUUGUAUCUCCAGGCAUAUUUUGCUGGGACAUUAUUUGAAUCUGCCAAAAUAUCCAACAAAGUGUAGCACCCUCAAGGUGCCUUCUUCAAAUUGAAAACUUACAUCAUAAGUCCCACAAGCAUAAGAUACUGGAGUUUUAUCCUUAACUCAUCAAAGUCCAACAAAGAGGGCAUUGAAUUUUGGGAGACUUGAACAGUUUAGGGCAGU